AUUUGCGAAAGCACACCGUACGCUUUCGAUAACACAGCAGUGCCAUCGGUGCCACCACUAAUACACAACUAUAAAAGUCGUCGAAUAGCAAUAAUAAAUAGGAAUAGUUAUAGAUUUGUGCAUUUAAUUUCGUUCGUUAUUUGCGUUCCAAUCGACCGUGGGUCCCAGUGAGCUAACUGCACCUGUCCCCAAAGCGGAAGCUGAGCGAAAAGGUGUUACAUUUGGCGUGCGCAUUUCGCCACCUUUGUCAACGCUGUUUCUUAUUCGGUGGACCGACGACCAGCGCACUUACACACACUCGUACCAAUAUAACAGACACUGAAGUGUGCGUGGAAGGGGCAGACAAACAACCGUGCGAUAACAACAACAAUCGGCAGUGAUCGCGGCGAGAAAUGGAAAUGGCCAACAACAUGAUCAGCAGCAACUGUGGCGGCGGGAGCAGCAACACCACCACCUACGGCAACAACAGCUACAACAACACUACGGUGGACAGUGGUCACAGUUCGCAGAGUGGGGGCGGCGGUGAGGGAGCGCGCCUUCGGGAUGUUUGUACCAUUCUGAACACUGGCCCCGCCGCUUACCAAAUUCCAACAGGUGGCUGUGCCUACGACCACAUCAUCGCCCUGAUGAGGAACCUCGAUCUGCAGGACGACGGCAUCGUGCUAAACUCCAAGAUCAAGACCAUCGAGACGGACUUCUGCAACAUUGUGCGCGACGAGUCGAUGCUUUGUGAGUCAAUGGAGUACCUGAACGACAAGGCGCUCUGCGAUGGUGAUACGGCGCUAAAGUUCGCCUUGCUCUUCUCGUCGCGAAACUUUGACGCACUGGCCAUGAAGGAGACAAAGGUGCGCAGCGCCAUGCUCAAGAUUCUGGAGACAAACUUCCUUAACGCCGACGCAUAUCGGGUGCACGACAAGAACAGACUGUACAACUCGAUCACGCUGCUGGGUGAAUACUACCACAGGGUGAGACUGGCGGAUAAUGCCCCGAUCACCAUUUUGGGUGAGUCCCUGCUGGACUUGCUUACCCGCGAGCUGAACGACACGUCGGUGGUGCUGGGCACUCGGAUCGCCCGCCUGGUGCUUUCACAGAUUACGCUGAAUGGGGAGAUCAUGCGCAAACGGCACAAAAUCGAGAUUGAUCUACUGCUCUUCCACGUUCGCCGGCAUUUGAUCAUGCAGCCCGCGCUGACCGCUAAGGUAAAGGCCAUGCUACUGAUGGUGCUGGAUCUCUUUUACAGCCACUUUAAAAAUAUCGGCCACGACCUGGAGGCAAUGUACACCAACUUCUUGGUGGUGGAAGAUGGUGAAGAGGAUGGUGUCAACAAUAACGGCUCCGGCCCCCAGGAUCUCGUCGAAGAUGGCCGCCCACAGCAACAGCAGCUUCAACAUCAACAGUCAGAGAACGGCAGCAGCGCCAACACCUCCGCCCAUGAUCAGGAUACCUUUGAUCCGCGGCCGUCGGCAAAAAAGUGGAGCGAGCAGGUGUGCGAGGAUUCCUUUUGUGACAUCGGCUACGGGGAGGCGGAUCAAGGCGACGAUAGAUACUCAGAGUCUGGACUCUCGUAUCCAGCCAACAACUCCGCUUCACUCGGCCACCGUCGGCGCGGAUUUCAACCCCGCCAAGUUCCGCGUCCUUUGAAGUCGCAUCAGUCACAACAGCAUCAGCAGCACCAGCAACCGGCCAGCAUAGACGCCAACUCCGACCAGUAUCCAUCCAUGGCCAGCAGCGAGGAUCGGGACGAGAGCAAGCCGCUCCCUAGCUGGCGGAAGACACGCUUCAACCGCAAUCACGACGGCGACCAGAGCAACGGACGGUCGCGCGACCAACAGCGGCGGUACAGCGUGAGUUGCGAGGAUGACCACCACAGCGUGCGGAGCGAAGGAGGUGGCAACCUGCGACUGUACAGCAUUCACGACAGGAGGAAACAUUCGCAGGAGCGCAUCGAACGCAAUAUGACUGGCGGUGGCAACUAUAACAGUAUCGUUAACUCUAAUUGGGAUCAAAGGGAUCGCGAUGAUCGCAGUGAGCGCUCUUAUAUCAGUAACUACGAGCGCGGAAACAACUAUAAGCGAGGUGGGCGAUUCAACAACCGCAACACCUACGACAAACCGCCGCGAUUCCAGAAACAACAACAGCAGCAACAGCAUCUGCAACAACAGCAACAUCAGAGCGGCAACCACAAAAUACACAGCGAUACCUGGCGGCGCUCAAACAAUGCUAUAAAUAGUGGAUACCAGGACGAAAACUGUGCGUAUAACUCAAACGGUCCGGAAUCGAAUAGUCGCAGCUCCUCUAGGGCUCGCACUCUGCCGAGGCCACCAAAGUCGCAAAUGGAUAAGUCUGGCGGCUAUAGAUAUAAUCAGAGCCCCACGCAUGCAGGCGGUGGUCCUCGAUUCCCGCGUUACAGUAGCCAAAGCAGUUUGGCCAGCGAAGCGUCCAGCUCGUUUGAUCGUCGCCAGCAGACAUCGCCCCAAAAUCAGCACCAGCAUCAGCAACAGCGGCACCGCCAUUUCACACGCCGCUCCCAGCCAGAUAUCCAUCAGCCGCAGAACGAGGAGAACUGGCAGGGGCAGGAAAAGGGCCAGCCAGCAUCUGGAAAGGAGGAAAGCGAACUGGUUCGGAAUGCCCAACAGACCACCAAGUACAUGAACUAUUUGUCAGCCCAGAAAUGAGACUGUCGGAAUUGCGUCCAGGCAGGAAAAAAAAAACUAGUUUAUUCAUUUAAUGAAGUCAUCCC